GACUUUUAUUUUGGAGUGACGCCAUGACGUCAUAAGACUGCGCCGCGCUCCUGCAUCUGCUGUGAUUCUGCUGAAGAUGGUGUUUAUUAAAGAUGAGACUGAAGACAUGAAGACUGAGUUUAAUAAAGAGGAGUUUGAAGAAAUAAAGAUUGAAGAAACAUUCAGUGUGAAACAUGAAGAUACUGAGGAACAAGCAGACCUGAUGGCACUGAGAGAGGCGAGUCAUGAACUUAAUGAAAGGGAAGAAGAGAAAAAACAUUACGAUAAACAUCAUGAUUUCAUGACUGGAGAAGGAUCGACACAGGCUUCCUCACAGAAAAGAGCUCAAAAGACAGGAACUAAAAGUUAUUUCACCUGCCAACAGUGUGGAAAGAGUUUCACAUGUGAAGAACACCUAAAAGUCCACAUGAGAAUUCACACUCGAGAGAAGGCUUACAACUGCCAACAGUGUGGAAAGAGUUUCACUCUUAAAGGAAGCCUUAAAGACCACAUGAGAAUUCACACUGGAGAAAAGCAGUAUACCUGCCAAGAGUGUGGAAAGAGUUUCACACAUAAAGGAAACCUGACAGUCCACAUGAGAAUUCACACUGGAGAAAAGCCUUACACCUGUCAAGAGUGUGGGAAGAGUUUCAGUCAUAAAGGAAGCCUUAUAGCCCACAUGAGAAUUCACACUGGAGAGAGCCCAUUCACCUGCCAACAGUGUGGAAAGAAUUUCAGUAAAAAAGGAAAACUUGAAAUCCACAUGAGAGUUCACACUGGAGAAAAGCCUUACACCUGCCAAGAGUGUGGACAGAGUUUCAGUGAGAAAGGAAACCUUACAGUCCACAUAAGAAUUCACACUGGAGUAAAGCCUUAUACCUGUCAACAGUGUGGAAAGAGUUUCAGUCGAAAAGAAAGCCUUAAAGACCACAUGAGAAUUCACACUGGAGAGAAACCUUUCACCUGCACUCUGUGCGGGAAAGGCUUCACACGGGAACGAAGCCUUAGGGAACACAUCAAUAUUCACACUGGAGAGAAGCCUUUUACAUGUGGUCAGUGUGGAAAGAGUUUCAUAUUUAAAGGUCACCUUAAGGGCCACAUGAGGAUUCACUCAAAAGAGAACAGUUUUAGAAGUCGUCAAAAGAGCAGAGGUGUAAAGAGUACCUGAAAACCAUACUUGAGUAAAAGUACAGAUACUUUACAGCAAAAAUUACUCCAUUACAAGUUAUAAGUCACCGAUUCUAAUACAACUUGAUUACAAGUCUUGGAGUAUCUGAUUUUAACAGUACUUAAGUGUUUACUCAUGCUGAAUUUAGGCUUUAAGAUGCAGUAGUCCUUGACACUAGUUCAGAAAUGCCAGUGAAAAUAAGAAACAAUUUAUUUGAUUGAUGAAAAUUAUGUUUAAUUUUAUUUUGAUUUUAGAAAAUGAACAACCUAAUAUUGCAAUAAAUCAAGGUCGACAAAACAGCCUCUUAAAUGUUAAAAGUGUAAAACUCUUGCAGUUCACAAAGCAUACACUACGUCCUAUGCCUUCUCUGUUCAACUUAUGGAAAUUGACGCAACGCCAGUCUACACUUUCAUCGUAACUUGAAUACGGAAGGUGGUCUGGCGGAAGCUCGAUAUUUGACUUUAUAACUUGUUUAAAUAUGGAAUUUUUUUUACUCAAACACAUCGCUUCACUUCAGAAGGCUUUCAUUAACCCCCUGGGGCCAUGUGGAGUACGUUAAUGAUGGAUGGAUGUGGAUGGAAGCUUUUUCUUCAGCUCUUAAUCAUUGACCCCAUUCACUGCCAUCAUAAAGCUCAGAUGCAUCAGGAUACUUAUUAAUAUUUCUUUGAUUAUGUUCAUCAGAAAGAAGAAAGUCAUAUACACCUAGGAUGCUUGAGGGUAAGUAAAGCUUGGGCUAAUUUUCAUUUGAAAGUGAACUAAUCCUUUAAGUGUUGUGAACUAAGGACUACAAUGAUCCCAACUACAAUGAUCAACCCAAAAUGGCCGCCCUCAACCUCUGAAUCAGCCAAUAGUGAGCCUGCAAGGGUGAAUUCACAGGAGCAUGACACCAAUUAUUUAUAUGUUAUUAAAUAAAAUCAUUAAUUAAUUUAUUUUUAAAAAUUGCUUUGCAUUGUGCUAAAUUCUCACAAAUUAGUAUUGAUGCUGUGGAAUCCUUUUCUAUGUCUCUUCGUUUGUUUGAUUGAUGAUGCAAACAUGAGUUUCAUCAAUGGCUCCAGGAAAGCCCGAAAUCCUCAUAAAGACGGCUUCCUUUUGCCACAUGUUUUUGACAGUUUAAAAAACAAUGAACUGCCAAACAGUAGUGGCCAAAAAUGAUGUUUGGCUUAGGAAUAUUUACAUAUUCACCCUUUAUUCAAAUAUUAAAAAUGUCUUAAAGAUUUUGUAAGCAUAUUGUGUAGUUGUGCUUGGAGUCAGUUGUUUUAUUUGUUUAAUUGUGUGACAAUUUUAGGCCAGGCUGUCAUACAAAGAAAUUAUGAGCACAUGCAAAAAUGAGAGAGGACCAAUCAAAUAUUAAUAACUGAUUACGUUACAAGUCAAUGUAUGCUUUUUUUCCCCCCCUGUGAGCUUUUUUGUUUUUCUAAAACCUGAAGCUGUAGUUUUUCUUCCACCCCCCUCUCUCUCCCUUUCUUUAGUGUUUUGUUCUUCCCUCAUAUUUUUAAAUAUUUUAAAAAAUAUAAAAAUAUUUUCCUCAUGUUUUGAUGGUUUAAACAGACGUUUAGGGUAAUAAAAAUGUCACUUUUGGCCACUUUGGUGUGGUCAGUGCCACAAUAGUGCUAUUUAAGAGCCUGCUUACUGUGGACUGAAGAGCACAAGUCAUCACAGGUGCACUGCUGCAGUUUUCCAGUACACAAAAAUGUAACUAUUACUUUCAUUUAUACAGUGAGAGCAUUGUUUUUUUUAGAGUGGGAGAAGUUAUUAAAUUUCUUACUAGCUCAGUUACAAAAAGAAUACCUUGACGAUCAAGUUUUUAUUGUUUUAUCAACUCCCUGUCAUCAUUUAACUCCAAUACAUUAUAUCUUCAUUGGAAAGCGUGUGUCCUCAUCUCUGCUGCCACAUUGUUACUCCUAAGUUAGGAUACCUCUCCAGCACUCUUAAAUAAAGGGAUAGUUCACCCAAAAAUGAAAAUUAUCCCAUGAUUUACUCACCAUCAAGCCAUCCUAGGUGUAUAUUACUUCCUUCUUUCAGACAAACACAAUCAGAGAGAUAGUUAUAAAUAUCCUUAGUCCUCCAAGGUUUAUAAUGGUUGAGAAUGGCUGCCCAAAUCAAGACAAAAAAAAUGAAUCCAUACGACUCCAGGCACUCUGAAGUGAACUGAUGCAUUUGUUUAAGACAAAUAUCCUUAUUUAAACAUUAUAAAGUAAAAUAACGAGUUUCUGGCAGGACAGCCAUACGCAUUCGACGUACGUCCAAAAAACAUUAACUUCCCUGACGCAGUACAUAAUGACACGACGUACUAGCAUAUGUCAUGGCGCAGUGUAGAACGUCAUUUCAUUCGUACUACGUCACAGAAGUUAAUGCUGUAUUUAUUGUAUUUUGACAGUUAAUACUAAAAUUUUACUCUGAGUGGCUCUAUACAUAAGGCCCCUGUUGUAACAAAAAAAAAAAACUUUUAUGAUCACACAUCUCAAUUUAAAAUGGCACCAGAAAAUAAGUAUCUGUGUGAAAUUAAGGCUAUAUUGACAUUACAGCUGAUUUUGUUGUGUUUUUUUGGUGAGGCUGUUCACAUGACCUUUAAAUGUGGCCCAUAUCAGAUGCUCAUCUUCUACAAGACUCCAUUCUGGAUUGUUCAUCAAAAGUGAUUUGUCCAUUCUCACUUGCUUUCUUUACCUCUCUAUUUUUCAGGCUUUUCAUUUUCUCAGUAGAGACUCUUAUUUAGAUAUAUUUUCUGAUCUUUUGCUUCUGUUCACAAUUCUUCUGUCUAUUAGUGUUUAUAGUUACUAAUCAUGUUUCUAUGGUUUCAGCAUAGUUUCACUUGUGUCUUGUUUAGUUCCUUGUUCAUCCCUUUGUAUUUGGAGUUUGCUUUGGAGUUUCCUUGUUUUAUGUCAUUUUGUACCUGUUCAGCUCUAGGCCCGCUCUUGGCGCUUUUCUUCCAAAUGGUAACUCCAUGUUGUGUUAGGAUCAUCAAACUCUUAUUAGCACUGGAUGUCUUUAUUGCUGUUAGGCAUAAAUAUGUAUGCACCGUACGCACACCCUUAACUGUACGUAAUAACAUUUACUGGCGUGAGCAAAGUAAUGAUGUAAAACAGAAUGAUUUUUAACUGUUUUACCUCUGAUAUACACGUCUAGAUUAAAUAUGCCACUCUCAACUCAACUUUAUUUCUAGAGCACUUUCAAAAACCACAGUGAGUACCAAAGUGCUGUACAUGAAAAUAGCCAAAAAUAAACAAACACAUACAAAAAUACAUUCAGUUUACAACACAUUAUUAAAACCUAAGGAAAAUAAAUACGUUUUUAACACCCUCUGAAAUGACCCUAGAGCCGGAGAUGUUUUUAAAGACAGCGGGAGCUCAUUCCAUAGUCUAGGAGCUGCCACGGAAAAAGCUCUAUCAUUUCAAGCGUGAUUGAGGAACUAUCAGACACAACUGAUCAUUGGAGCUGAAGGAACCUUUUUCCUCGUCGGAGCAGAAACCAGGAGACGUUGGGAUAUCUUUCAUACAGAAGUUACUCUUUAUCAAGGACUCGCUGUGCGUCGCUGAAGUCAUCCAAGUCUGACUAGAGCUCAGCACAGUAGAGUUUAUACCUUUCGAGGGGCAGUGAUACAUAGAGGUGGAGACAAUCUAAAUAAAACAUGCAAAUGCGGUACAGGAAUCAGCCCGUUCCCGGCAUUUCCCCAGCCAUGAUCUAAUCAGCAUAACAGUGUCAUUCAAAUGCAUAGGUGCUAAAUCCAAUCAAUCUGACAGUAUCGCCCAUACCUUCACAUUAUCAUAGACACAAAGGCACAACUGUGCCUUGAAUUUAGCAUUCACCUUUAACUUGGGACCCUGCCCAAUUGUCAGGAAGUGCAUAAAGACAAAAGGUUAAUGUCUCAGACACCUGGGGCCUGUACCAUGAAGCUGGAUUAGCUGGCUAGCCAGGUAAGUUUCAGACUAGUUUGCACCAAUCCUGGGUUUUAGGUACCAUGAAAGUGACUUGGCUUUUAGCGGUGUUCAUCGCCAUAGUAACUUGCGCUCCAUGGCUAACCUGCCCCGGAGCAACCCCUGACCACCGGUCAGGAGCAGGCCCUGGCGUGGCAGGCAUGGCGGUAGCAGGCCCUGGCGUGGCAGGCAUGGCGGGAGCAGGGCAUGGCGGGAGCAGGCCCUGGCGUGGCAGGCAUGGCAAGCAUGGUGUGAACAGGACUUGGCGAGGCAGCUGUGGCAUGAACAGUCUGUGGCACAGCCGGCGUGACGUGAAAAGUCUGUGGCUGGGUAGGACUGACAUGAACAGACUGUGGUUGGGCAGGCAUGAUGCAAACAGCCUGUGCCGUGGCUGGCAUAACGUGAACAGUACCUGGCGUGGCAGUCAUGACGUGAAUAACUCCAGACAUGACAGCAGGGGAAUGAAGACACUCUGAUGUGGUGGACACUGUAGGAUUGUGGGGCUCCUCAUCCGCAAUACCCACAGUGAAGGAUGAUCCACUUAACAGAAGGGCAUAGUCCAUAUAUUGUGCUAGGGAAAAGUGAAUUUUCGCCCUAGGCAGUUGAGAAUGAAGGGGUUCAUUUAAUCCAUGCCGAAAAAUAUCCUUCAGCGCCACGUCAUUGAAGACUACAAGGGCAGAAAGUUCACAAAAAUCUUGAACAUAAUCUUCAAUAGUCUUAUUUCCUUGACAGAGACGUAGAUGACUAACUGCUGGGUUCAUGGUGUGGGUUGUGUAUUCUGUAACGAUCCAGUCCAAACUGAAGGUGAGAUGAUGAACCCAAAUGCAGUUUAUUGUAACAGUGUGAACAAACAAACAAAGCAACCACUUGACAUGAAAUUGAACAGACUUGAUUAUGAGACUCACCAACAGCAGGGUUACAUUAACAAUACAUGACAAAGUAACAUGGGGAAGACAAUGGCUUUAAAUACAAGAACAAAGAGAACACAUGACUAUGGCAACCAAUGAGCAAGUGACACAAGGAACAUGAGAACCAAUGACAGAACAGAACUGAAAACCACAUGACCAUAACCAACCAAUGAGAACAGGACACAUAGACUAAGAGAGAACAUGAGGCGCAAGGGAAGCAUGACACAAACAAGCAACAUAUAUCAAACAACAAAAUAAAAGACAUGAAAUCAUAAACAUGAACACAAAACCAAAACAUACGUGACAUAUAUAUUAUUAUUAAUCCAUUACACAAGCAAUUUUAGUUUAACAGUUAUUAUUAAUUAUUUAGUUUCAAUGAAUAUUAUUAUAUACAAAUCAUAUGUAAUAUAAAUAAGCUGUAAAUAAACUUUAAAUAUGACUAUAUGUGACCUUACAUGUUUGAGUCUCUAUGGCUAUAUAUUAUCAACUAUAUAAACUAACUUCACAAGCUCACUUGCACUGAUAGAGCAAAAUAAUUUGUUUUGUUUUCGUCAGUGUAAAUGAGUUUAAAUUCUUCAUUUUCUUCAAUCUCUUAAUCUUCAGCAAAAGAGUUUUGAAUCGCGCUGGCUCUCUUUUGUGAGAUGUGAAUCAUAGUUUCUCUCUGUUGCAAGGCAUCUGAUUGGCUGUUCACCACUGAUGUCACACAUUCAUGUGCACACGCUCCACAAACUCAGGAUCAAAGCCUGAGUUGACAGAGAAAGUUGAUGAUCAGCAUCAUGGUACCAACAAAGCCGGAUUGGAGUGGUUUGGUUUUGUCAACUCGAAACUAAUCCUACAACCCUGAGUUUGUUCAACUACCAUCAUGGUACAGGACCCUGGGCUGCCUGACUUGAUCUCCUUAGAAUGUCAUCAUCUUUACCUCAAAAUGUAAAACACAAUGUACAUACCUUUUUCAGUUUAUAUACUAUUACAUUGGAACUUAGAUAUAACAUUUUAUAAAUUUGUAAUCCAACACCCAUCAAACUCUGCAACUCUGGUAUCAUCUGAAGAGUUUCCCACUUGUAAAUAUGACUUCAAUAUGUCAUUCAUGUGGAUAAAACAUAAAUAUGAUUCUUCCGGCUUCACUUGAACAACAGUUCUUGAUCUGGAAGAGGGUCAUUUACUUAAA